UGUCCAGGCAAAAUUAGGGUUUUGCAACUUUAAAAACCUAGUUUGAGCAAAGAACGAAAGCUUCCGGAACGGGGAAGAGCAUCAGACUUGGAAGCCGAAGCCGAAGGUGAACAGUAAGCUCGUGUACUCACUGCCGCUUCGUCUGCAGCAACCAUGGGUAUCUCACGUGACUCUAUGCACAAGCGGCGUGCCACUGGAGGCAAGAAGAAGGCAUGGAGGAAGAAGAGAAAGUAUGAGCUUGGCCGUCAGCCAGCAAAUACUAAGCUUUCAAGCAACAAGACUGUAAGGAGAGUUCGUGUGAGAGGUGGAAAUGUGAAGUGGAGGGCUCUUAGAUUGGAUACUGGAAACUACUCAUGGGGUAGUGAAGCUGUUACUCGCAAAACACGUAUCCUGGAUGUGGUUUACAACGCCUCCAACAAUGAGCUUGUCAGAACACAAACUCUGGUGAAAAGUGCUAUUGUCCAGGUGGAUGCUGCCCCAUUCAAGCAAUGGUACCUUCAACAUUAUGGUGUUGACAUUGGUAGGAAGAAGAAGACUGCUGUUAAGAAGGAUGAAAAAGAGGAGGGAGAAGCAGCUACAGAGGAAGCAAAGAAGAGUAAUCAUGUUCUCAGGAAGCUUGAGAAGCGUCAGCAAGAUCGCAAACUUGAUCCUCACAUUGAAGAGCAGUUUGGGAGUGGAAGGUUGUUGGCGGCCAUCUCUUCCCGUCCAGGUCAAUGUGGCAGAGCUGAUGGAUACAUCUUGGAAGGGAAAGAACUGGAGUUCUACAUGAAGAAGCUUCAGAGGAAGAAGGGAAAGGGUGCCAGUGCUGCUUAAACAGUUUAUUCCUCGGCUUUCUUUCCCGUGCUUUUCAUGGCUUGAAGUGUUUUCUAGCUUUCAAUCUUUUGUUUUGUCUAGGACGUAUCUUGUUUACAAGUACUAAUGCAAAACUUUCAGGCUUUCUUGGCAUAUCUAGUGUAUCAAGAUUAGAAUUAUUGACUAGUCUGUGAACUAAAAUUCAGUUUUGGGAUAAAUUUUACUUUUUGGGUUUUGACAUCGUGGAAGGGAAAGGGUGCCAGUGCUGCUUAAACAGUUUAUUCCUCGGCUUUCUUUCCCGUGCUUUUCAUGGCUUGAAGUGUUUUCUAGCUUUCAAUCUUUUGUUUUGUCUAGGACGUAUCUUGUUUACAAGUACUAAUGCAAAACUUUCAGGCUUUCUUGGCAUAUCUAGUGUAUCAAGAUUAGAAUUAUUGACUAGUCUGUGAACUAAAAUUCAGUUUUGGGAUAAAUUUUACUUUUUGGGUUUUGA